AAUAUUUCACCCCUCGCAAGCCCUUUAGACAAAAGUUACAGCCCUCCAGUUUGUUUAAAAAGACCAACAGGAAAUCAGGCUCUUCAUAGAUUUCUUUUUGAUAUGCGAGCAAGGAAGUAUCUGCAUUUAUUUUCUAGGAGAUACAGCACUAAAAUUGCCAAUUAACUUAAAACUUUCAGCAUUCGCUCAGGUUCUUAGUUGCUAACAAAAAUGUUGUACUGACUGAUAAUUUGCUUUUGAUCGGACCAAUUGAUGUCUUUUUAGUGACUUUUUGUUUGUUGUUUAUAGUCAAUUGAAGAUAUGCAUAUUUCCCCAACGUAUGGCUAGGCCAAAUUUGGGGGGGGGGAGUGUUGUAAAACCCCUAUACCCCUCCAGCUGAGGAGGUUCAAAAUUCCUUCUUAAAGAAAUUGUUAAUUUUCCUUUUUCAUGCAUCUUCCAUACGUUUGAAAAAGUAAUACCAAAAAAAUUUACUCCCAGCCGCCCCUGGGCCGAGCUAUAGAGUAAUAUGAUAUUGCCAAUAUCUCAUUGGCCCGGCCAAAUUCAAUUGUGGUUUCAGCAUACUGAUUAGGCUGAAGCCUAAUCACGAUUCAAAAGGCUAGGAUUUCGAAGAUGAACGACUGUGAGAAUAGCUGGUUUAUACUCCGACCGUUACUUGAUGUCAAGGCUGUUUCUAAAUAUAUACAAGAAGUUUUCGGACUGGCAGUAACAGACGAAUCGUGUAUCAAAGAACUAGCUAGCUACGAUGAUAGAAACUACUAUGUGAGAGGGAGAAUCGCCAACAAUGGGCCUUCUUGCGUGAGCUUGACAAGGUAUGAUGGAAAAGAACAAUUUUCCAAGGAUUCCCAAAAGGCGAAUCAAUCAACUCAAAAUACUGGAAAAUACGUUUUCAAAGUAAUGAGCUCCAAAACAACAUAUUCGAAAGACUUUCUGGAUGCUUCUAUAGACGUUGUGGAGCAUAUACAGCAAGCCCUUGGCAACAGCCCUUACAACAUUCCUACCAACGUUUCAAGUAGAAAUGGAAAUUUUGCAGAAUCAAAAGAACUUGAGGUUCCAUUAGAAUACAUUGCUGAACGGGAUGCAUCUUUUGCUGAAAAGAUUGCUAAGAAGCAAAUUGAAGGAGAUAGCGUGUGGAAGGCUGUUGUUGGUAGAAACUCUGGAAUCAAAGUUGUGAUAAAACACUAUAUCAGGUUACUUUCUUUUGUGGAAGGGAAGACUCUGAAGGAUUUUGAAAUCGAAGACAAACUGCUUAUUCAGGUUGGAGAUUUGGCUGCAACAAUAUGCAAAGCAUUAGAGGGAUUUACCCAUCCAAUCCUUAUUGCAAGAAGAGAUAUAUGGGAUUUGAAGAACCUUCUUUGGCUGAAUUCACCGCAGUAUCUCGAUGCCAUAAUGAACAAGGAAAACCAUGGUAUGGUCGUGAAGUGUUUUCAGUUGUUUCAAGAUAAUUUCCUUUCAGUCGCAGAGAAUUUACCCAAACAAACGAUUCACGCGGACAUCAAUGAAAGCAAUGUAAUCACCAAAACGAUCGCCUCAAAAGCAACGAUUGUUGGUUUGAUAGAUUUUGGUGAAGUCACUUACUCGUUUCGUGUAUUUGAAAUUGCAAUUUGUAUGGCCUACAUGAGCUUGCUUAGGCCAAAUGACUGUCUGAAGGAUGCUGGCCUCGUACUGUCCGGGUAUUUGUCAAAGGAGCCCUUAACAGAUCUUGAAUUGAAAGUGUUGUAUUACUGUGUUAUUGGGAGACUGGUACAAUCCCUUACUUUGGGCAAUUAUCAAUACUCUUUGGAUCCUGGUAACGAAUAUUUGUUAUUAACGUCACAAACUGGUUGGAAAGUUCUUGGAAUGUUUUUAGAAUACGAGGAAAGAGUUGACGAGCUAAUUGAUUAUUGGCUGCAGGUGCAUGUAGAUGUAUAAUUGGGAGACACUGGGACAUUUGAUUGCUAGGAACAUAAGUGAUUUUAUGGGUUUUUAUGCAAUAAGAGACUAUAUGUUUGUAAUUUCAUGUAAUCAGAACAUAACUAUCUACGA